UAGCUAGGUGUCGGUAUAUUCAAUUCACACAGAGAUGUUCGUGCAGCUCCAGUCGCAUCCCAAAUUGCAGUUCGAGGAAUUAGUAGUGCAGGCGGCAGCGACGACCUUGAAUCACGAAUGCGUCUAAACGAACUUCGAUUUUCGGCAAUAUGCGGCAUUCGCCAAUAAAUAUGACCGAGCGUGGGAAUGUUGUUUGUCAACAAAGUCUGAGAACUUGGACUUGCUCCAUAGUACAUUAGGCCGAAUUGGAACGGGGGAUGAUUGAAAAGUGUGUCAUACUUGUUUUGGUGCGUAGGUCAGCGUCGCCGUCGCCGUCUGUGGUGUACGAUAAACAAAUGGCACGUCCCGCCCACCCUCCGUUGUUAAGGUGGAAGGUUUUAAGUCGGAUACCCAUUUUUUGUGAUAAUGUGUGAUAUUGAUUCGGGUGCAGCGGGCCGGCGCGAUGCACGUGCAUGCGGCGGGUGCAGGCAGGCGGCAGGGGCGACAACCGAUGCAGCCAGACAAGAGGGUCGGCAACAUCGCUUCAUCUCGCGAGAUCGGAGAGGGUCUCGACGGCACAUGAGGUCGUCUCUUGUCGAGCCGGCAGCGGGAACCAGUGCGAUCCCCGCCACCGUUGAAAAACUGAAGCAAAUUUGUAUGCAGGAACGAUCACCGAGUGCUGCAGCCUAAAUGGAGGCUGCAUCCGCGAGUGCAACGCGCCUGGACAUCCUCGGCCAGUGUUCCCUGUGCGAGUGCCAUGUGGUGCGUGAGGUGACGCCGCGGCCGCCCCCCAACGCCGACGUCUUUGUAUUAUUUGUGUGAGUGCUUGCCGCAUACCGCCGCCGGUUAUUACUUUGACGAUUCGCGCUUCUUUCAUUCCUUUAUAACAUCGAUGCCCUUCAGAUAUCAUCACGAUGGCAAUCAAUUUUUCAGCAUCUUUUGCUGCAUGUCUGGCGGCCGGACUCAAAGUUCCCAGACAAAUUAUGUACUGCAUUUCUCAAGACACCGGCGCACCAUACGUUCUUUAUAAAGAUGGCAUGGAUAGGGCACAGACGCAAUGGGGAGUGCACGAUAAUUAUGGUGGUCCCCAACAAACUUCCUCUGGUGCGGCAAGUCCUCAGCAGGCUUGUGGACCCACUGUUCCGCUUGGGGUGGAGGCCGACGCAGGACCACCACGUGAUCAAAGCCUACCGUCACCAGCACCGUCACCAUAUCCUGCUACACAAGCCGAACCGCGCGAAGAUGAUUUACAACCGGAACCCCCUUCGAUGGAUUUAGAACAGAGACCAUCGUCACAAUGCUUCGCUACCGAUCUUCAACAGCCACCGCCGCCUCCUCAGCAACAGCAGCCUCAACAAUCCGCAUAUCACCAAUAUUCGAGAGUACCACCCCCCGCGGCACCUCCUCCCGUACCGCCACAUAUGCUUGGUGCUGGCAGUUUUUCCGCGUUACACUACUUAAAACAGCCGGGAGUAAUGUUGACGUCUUUGGGCCAGGAAACCAAUGGACCGGUCGACCAAUACACUAGUAGUAUGCAAGAUUUACGAUCUGCUACUUUACCAGACGUAAUUCAACAACAACAUCACGUUGGCAUGAAACAGCACAAAAAUAGCCUGGGCGGAGAACUUCGACUCUUCAAGUGCCUAACUUGCGGGAAAGACUUCAAACAGAAGUCGACCCUUUUGCAACACGAGCGAAUCCAUACUGAUAGCAGGCCUUACGGUUGUCCAGAAUGUGGAAAACGUUUCCGCCAACAGUCCCAUCUUACUCAACAUCUUCGUAUCCACGCCAACGAGAAGCCGUACGCAUGCGUUUAUUGCGAGCGCACGUUCAGACAACGCGCGAUCCUCAAUCAGCAUCUGCGCAUUCACUCCGGUGAGAAGCCAUAUGAAUGCCCAGAGUGCGGGAAGCAUUUCCGCCAGAAGGCCAUCCUCAAUCAGCACGUCCGCACACACCAAGACGUCAGUCCGCACUUGGUAUUUAAGAAUGGCCUGAAUCCCACAUUAUGGCCUCAAGAUGUUCCGUUUCCUCAGGACGAAGGCAAAGAGGAGGUGACAUCGACGUACGGAGAUGGGGAAACGAAUGCGACACAGCCGGAUCGAUCCGGUUGCUUUUCCCCGGGAAGUAUAGCGAGCAACUUGCAAUAUCCUGCAUAUUUCAAAGAUGCGAAAGGUAUAAAUCAUUCCGUGUUUGGAGCUGCGGCCAAUUUCGGAGCUUUACAAUAUCUCAAACAGAGUCAAGGUGGCAAAUUACCCGACGUUAUACAACACGGUAGGUCCGCCGGUAUGCCUUUGUAUGUAAGGUGUCCAAUUUGUCAAAAGGAAUUCAAGCAAAAGUCUACACUUUUGCAACACGGUUGUAUACACAUCGAAUCGAGGCCGUAUCCGUGUCCCGAAUGUGGCAAACGAUUUAGGCAGCAAUCGCAUUUAACUCAACAUCUUCGUAUUCAUACCAACGAGAAACCGUACGGUUGUGUGUAUUGUGGUAGAAAUUUUCGGCAGCGAACUAUUUUGAAUCAGCAUUUACGGAUUCACACGGGGGAGAAACCUUAUAAAUGUGGGCAGUGUGGAAAAGAUUUUAGGCAGAAGGCGAUACUAGACCAACAUACGCGGACACAUCAAGGCGACAGACCGUUCUGCUGUCCUAUGCCAAAUUGCAGGCGGCGGUUUGCGACGGAGCCCGAAGUCAAGAAGCACAUAGAUAACCAUAUGAACCCGCACGCGGCAAAAUCGAGACGGAAUUCGACCGGUUCCGACAGCAGCAAACAAGUGACGCCUAACGGAAUAUUGCCUAGAGGAUUAACCCCCACCACUGUUGUUAAACCAGAAUUAUACUUUCCUCAGUGUUACGCGCCAAGUUUCAACCCACCUAGCGGUGUAACGCAAUUUCAAGGCCCCACUUCCGAAUAUAAAACUCCAAAUGGAUUGCCGGCUCAGUGACUAACGGCCGGCUGGCAGUUUCCCUGCAUCGGGUGACAUUCUGCCAGUAAUAAGACUGAUUUUGUGGUGGUUGUUACUUAAUUGUGUUUUUGUAAGAUGUGAGCUAGUACUUUUGAUAGAUGAAAUAUUUAUUGAUAACUUACGGAUAGAAAUCUUUUUUUGCAAUGAGUGAUGAAUUCAAGGUGCUGAUAAACCAUGCGUAUCAUGAUGGUUACGUUAAAAUAUUAUACUGGCUUUAAAAUAGAUAAAGCUAUAGACUUCGAUAUUUACAGCAAAUAAGUAAUUCGUUUUGGCGAUCAAGCUAAUUUUUGUAGUUUAUACAAUGAAAAUAGAUUUCGAUGCAUAUCAACAUUUAAUUAGACUUUUGUUAUUAAAAGGGGCAGUUUUUAAGUGUUUCGUGGGGAAUUUCGUGUCGUUCAAUUAUUCACCAUGCUUAAAUAAAAUUGUUUUCUUUUUACUUACUGUGAUAUUCUAUUAUUGUGUGAAAGCUUUGCUAAAUGAAAGGCAAUAUUAAAAAUGUUGUGCAAUACAAUUGCAAUAGGUGUGAAAACAAUGCGCUGUAAGUAUCUGAAAGUCGAGCUUUACAUAUACAUAUAAUAUAUAUAUAUGUAAUUAAAAAUGUAAAAGUAUUUUAAAUUUUAUUGGAAUCGUGUCCUGUUCACCUAGUGGCAAUACUUUUAAUCUCAAAAUACUUUAUGUAAGUAAGUAACGUUAAGUAUAUUUACUAUUGUUGUAGUUAGAUGAAACUAAUAUGUGAUCUCUUUAAUGUAAUCUUACGGAAAAGUGAAGGAGAGAAACUGACGGGUUCUAGUUGCAUUUAGUAUCGCGCAAAGAAGUUUGACAAAGGAAUUUUUCAAUGCCCCUUCCGAACCUCCCCAUGUAUUUUAAUAGUUAGUGAAAUAUUUAAGGAAAUUUUCAUAUGUACAUAAACCACAUAAACUUUGAUGCAUACUUGUUGGGUCAAAAACUCAAGUAAAACACGCGAGCAACCAAGGUGGGGGGGACCAAUCCGAUAUUUUUUUAAAAUGUUACAAGUAUGCAUCUACCGUUCAAAACUGUUUUCGAUGCACCAUUAGAUCAUAUUUGACGAAAUUGAUUAACUAUGCCGAUAAGAGAUAUGACAAUGAUGUGUGCAGGAUACCCAUUAAAAUUGUAUACGAUUAAUUUAAUAGAGUUCAAAGAGAGAGAGAGAGACGUGCAGGUUUCAGUCUAUUUAUUAAUUUUACGAUUAAACGACUGUUAUAACAGUCCAAAUUUUGUUGAUCUAUAAGACUUGAAAAGCGUGAUAGCAUUUAAUUAGUUUUUAAGUCAAUUUUAGGCAUAAUUACGAUUUUUAAAUUCUUAUUAAAUAAGUGUAAAUGGUUUAACUUUGAAACGGAAAUGAUACCUACGUAUUUAAAAAUUAGGAGAUAAGUGGUUUCAAAAUGUUAGAUGUGAUAUCCCAGUUGAUGGGUAAAAGUUUUGUUACUCAUUAAUGAUAUUAUUAGCAUAUUUUAAAAAUUGUGUUAGAUUAAUUUCGAUAUUAAUUCUAUUUCGUACUGUUUAUAUUUUUUUUGUACUUUUAUAUGUGAAGCUUUCUUACUUAUAGAAUAAGUAGCUGUAUACUGUUGGAUUGCUUAAUUUAUGUGGUCUAACCAUGUGCACCUGGUCGUUAAGGGUCAGUUGUUCUUAACGAUUUUACAAAGAGCAUUUGACCCUUACUUUUGAAAGUGUAUGUGUACUAAAACAGCAGUAUAAGUGCCAUAAAUACUAGUUAGUUAGAAAAGUUUGUUACGCUAUUGACAUGCGGAAUUUGAAUUUUUAAAUUUUUUAAAAAAUUGACUGGUUAUAGACGAAUUAGGAUAAGAGUUUAUAAAUAAGAAUGAGAAGACUGGGAUAUUACCAAACAGGGUGUACCAUUUGACUUGUAAAUGUUUCUUUUCUAAUAUGCUGUAACUGUUUGUUUUUACAUAUUUUUUUAAGUGACAUUUAAAACAAAUCCCUUAUUUA